AUGGACGACGCUGAAUUGAAUGCCAUAAGACAAGCCCGCUUGGCGGAGUUACAAAAUAGGUCUGGUGCAGGGAAUAUCAACUCUUCGUCACCGCCGAGUCAGCAACAACAAACAGCGGCCAAUGACAUGUCCACUGCUAUUUUAGGCAAAGUUUUGGAAACCGAAGCACGCGAGAGAUUGAGCAGAGUUAGAAUAGUCAGGCCAGAUAGAGCACAAGCAGUGGAGAAUUACAUCUUGAAACUUUAUUCCAUAGGUCAGAUAAGGCAGAAAUUGAGGGAGAAGGAUAUCGUGGAGAUACUCGAAGGACUAAGUAGAGAUACCCAACAGAAACAGCUGUCCAAAAUUGUAUACGAUAGAAAGCAGACACUCGAUGAUGAAGAUGAUGGUGACGAAGAUGACUUUUUCGAUUAA